AUGCCCGGCAUACAACACGUCUAUGACAAUGGUCCUGCUACACAAGCGGCUCUCCUAGACAGCACGGCACCAUUUGCCAAUGAAAGACACCACCUUCAACAACACGUGAUGCCAAAGACAGACUUUGUAUAUGAUAGGCAUGGUAUUUAUAAUGAGAACUGGAUGCAACUUAAGUUUCCUUGUGACGACGACGACGACGACAAAAACAACAACAACCAAGACGCAUCUGGCUUGAAAAACCGCCGUCAAAACCACUCUCCGCCAAAGUCAGCCACCAGGAAAUGUAGAUGGGAAGGGUGCAAGUACCUAGGCUCAUUUCGGCGGGAUGCUGAUUUACUACGACAUGUCAAAGCCGUUCAUGUUUCACCGGACGCAUAUACGUGUCCGAUAGUAGGGUGCGGAAAGCCAUUUGGGCGUAAGGACAAGAUGGAGGCUCAUCGGCGAGCACAUAUACAGAUAGGCAUGGAAAAAAGAAAGUCGUCCCAGUAUUAA